AAACUAGGUUUCGAGGUGAAAUUGGAUUAUAUAUUAUUUUGUACUGCUCGUUUUACCACAAAACACUCUCCUGUUGAUCAAGACGCGCCUGCCCAAGGCACGCAGUUCAAAAACUGGAAGCGGAGUGAUACAGUAGGCUACACGAUCGUUCUACCCAGUUGUCAAACCGAGGGAGCGUACCUUUGAGCGAACAUGUCGCAUAGGCUGGGAAUUAAUACAGAAAUUGGAGCAAAUAGCAGUAAAUUUAUGUGCUGAAAGGAUAUUUUAAAUACGGGGUCUAUAUUAUUGGUUUCAUUGCUGCGGUUCCAUUGCAACUGAUGAAGAUCUUUUCCGUUUGCUCUCUUGGAGGAUAAAAAUAUGAUUAUUAUAGUACUCCGUUACAGUGUCUAAGUUGUCAUUGAGCUGUCGGGGUGUGGUGGCAUGCGAUCCCCCUGAGUGAGACACCACCCUCCAGAGGUGACAGCAGGCAGGACAGGCAGCAGGAUGCCAGUGCAGGCAGCCCAAUGGACAGAGUUCCUCUCCUGCCCCAUCUGCUACAAUGAGUUUGACAGCAAUGGCCACAAGCCCAUCAGUCUGGGCUGCUCUCACACUGUGUGUAAGACCUGUCUGCACCAGCUGCACCGCAAGGCCUGCCCCUUCGACCAGACAGCCAUCAGCACUGACAUUGACCUCCUGCCUGUCAACUGUGCCCUGCUACAGCUGCUGGGAGCUCAGGUCCUGGAGUCCCAGCCUGUGACUCUGAGCAGUGCUGUGGAGUUAGAGCGCUAUGAGGUGUGCCGGGUGUGUGUGGAGGAGCUGGCUCUCUAUCUCAAACCCAUCAGUGGAGGAAAAGGUGUGGUGACACUCAGUCCGAGCGCGCUCAGUCGACCCAUGCAGAGGAAGCUGGUGACACUGGUCAACUGCCAGCUGGUGGAAGAGGAGGGGCGGGUACGUGCGGUGCGGGCGGGCCGGUCGCUAGGGGAACGUACCGUCACAGAGCUCAUCCUGCAGCACCAGAACCCACAGCAGCUCUCUGCCAACCUGUGGGCCGCCGUCAGGGCACGGGGAUGCCAGUUCCUGGGGCCUGCGAUGCAGGAGGACGCUCUAAAGCUGGUGUUGCUGGCCCUAGAGGACGGCUCAGCUUUGUCCAGGAAGGUACUGGUGCUGUUUGUGGUCCAGAAACUGGAGGCUAGGUUCCCUCAGGCCUCCAAGACCUCCGUCGGACACGUGGUCCAGCUGCUCUACAGAGCCUCCUGCUUUAAGGUGACCAAGCGUGACGAGGACUCGUCGCUGAUGCAGCUAAAGGAGGAGUUCCGUACCUACGAGGCCCUGCGCCGCGAGCACGACGCCCAGAUCGUGCACAUCGCCAUGGAGGCGGGGCUCCGUAUCUCACCUGAGCAGUGGUCCUCGCUGCUCUACGGAGACCUCAUCCACAAGUCACACAUGCAGUCUAUCAUUGACAAGCUCCAGUCCCCAGAGUCCUUUGCAAAGAGUGUCCAGGAGCUGACGAUAGUUCUACAGAGAACAGGAGACCCUGCCAACCUGAACAGCCUCAGACCACACCUGGAACUACUGGCCAACAUCGACCACAACCCAGACGCGGCGUCUCCGUCGUGGGACGAGCUGGAGGGCGUGGUGCUGGCGGUGAAGGUGAUGGUCGACGGCCUGGUGGAGUUCACACAGAACUUCAGUAAGAAGAGCCACGAGACACCACAGCCGCAGCCCAACAGCAAGUACAAGACCAGUAUGUGUCGAGACCUCCGGCAGCAGGGUGGUUGUCCCCGAGGAUCCAACUGCACCUUCGCACACACACAGGACGAGCUAGAGAAAUACAGAAUGAGAAACAAGAAGAUCAGUGGCGUGGGCCGGCCCUUCCCCCUAGCCCAGGGGAGUAUGGGUAGUGAGGGGGGCGACUCAGGAGAGGAGGCCUGUGCUGGGGGACUGAAGGGCUCAGACAAGGUGGGAUCGGGGUCCCUAACAGAGGGGUCCACACACCCCCAGCUCAUCCCCAGGGGAGGCAACAUGAUGGAGGAGAUGAAGAGGGAGAGGUCUGUUGUUAACGGAUCCAACGGACUCACAGGCUCCAGCCGCUCCUCAUCUGGCUCCUUGGAACAAAAGACUGUUUCUCCUCCAAAGACGCCUGUCAACCACCCCUCAGCUCCUUCUCCCCAUGGUCCGGGGUCUAGGGUAGAGUGUGGCUCUGGUCAUCCCAAACAAGGGCACUUCCUAAUGAGAGGACCCCCUCACCAGCCUCCUCCCCACCAGCCUCAGUCCUCUGAACUGUACUACCAGGACCCCCGACCUCCCUACGACACACAACCCUACCAGCCAGCUAGUAACUACUACACCUCUACAAUGCACCACCACAAACCCUGCAUGGCUCGCUUCCUGCGUUCCAGCCACGUCCUCGAGUCCUCUCUGCCGCCUUCCAUGGCCCCUCCGUACUCCGAGCAGCACCCCUCCUUUCCCCCACCACGGGAGCGCGCGGGUCCUUCUCCCUGGCCCCCGCCGGCCCCCCAGUACGGGCCCCUGGCCCCGGCCCAUGGUGGCUACGCUCCGCUGUAUGACAGUCGGCGUAUGUGGAGACCCCAGCUGUACCACCGCGAGGACGCCAGGAGUAACUCCCUGCCUCCAGAGGUGCUGCACUCCUCUGUGUACCAGCCCCCCCUCCGAGAGAGAUACGCCUCCCUGGACAGUCCCUACUGCUCGGCGGGGGAGCACAGAGCAGCGCUGCACAGGGACUCUUAUGGGCGUGUUCCUCUUGGAUACGAGGAUCUGUUCAAGCGGAAACAGGAGCAAUGGACACACCAUCACCACGGCAACAUGAACAGGCCCUCCCAGUCCUCCCCCGUCUUCACCGUAGACUUUGGUGCAGAGCAUGACAGUGGAGGUGGUCAGUGUAUGAACUGUAAGUACCGUGGUGAGGAGCGUCUGGCCCACUACUCUCCCUGGUCCUGUGGAACCAUCAGUACCUGCAUCAGCCCCUUUGAACCAGAGCAUCACAACGCCUCAGCUCACUCCUGCACCGAACACUCAGAAGUAGAGAAUGGUGACAGGAAACGGUGGCUCCACACAUUUGAGCCGUACCGUCGUCUGAAAGACGAGGAUCCCAUCAUCCCAUUUGGAGAGGGACCCAUCAUCUCGAAAUGGGGGGCUAUCUCCCGCGCCUCCCGUACAGGGUACCACACCACGGACCCCGUCCAGGCCACAGCCUGCCAGGGAAGCAACAGCACCACCCCCGUCAACUUCAGAGAUUAUGGCCCACACAUCGGUCACGGUGACUACAGGUGGAGCUCCUGUGGGUCUGACUCGUCCAGCCACUCUAGUUUCCUAGAGAGUGACCAGCUGGGAGUGUGUGAGCUUUCUGCCCGUGAGCGGUCCUUCGGCAGUGAAGAGAAGGCUGGUGCAGGAGGCCUGCUGCAGACUGACUACUGUAAGGACACGACAGAGAGCGAACCGGACAGAGACAUUGAGCUGGAGCUGUCUGUACUAGACAUGGAGGACAUUGACCUGCAGGACAACAGUCAACAAUCUGAGGAGUCCCUUGAGCUAAGGGACCCCCACCUCCUCACGCCUCCCAGCAGUGAACCCCAGAGGAGCCAGACGGACAAGCUGUCCGCUGACAAGAUGGAGGCUCACCUGCUGAAGAAGAUGGCCUUCAGGAAGUCUCUCUCCCCUGGAGGUCUGGGCUCGGGAGGCCUCAGUGUGGGGAAGCUGAUGAUGAGAACCGGCCCUCCAAGGCUUGGGGACAUGGGCCCUCGCCCCAACACAGGCCCUGAGAUGCUGCUCAACGGCAGUUGAGAGGGCAGAGACACCCCACCGCUACAAAGCUCCUAGAGCUGCUGUCACAGUAACAUCUUAGGGUCGUAUAGGCCUGUAUCACCAGACACCGAUCAGGCCCCCCCCCCCCCCCCCCCCCCCCUAAUAUCACUAGUAAAAAAGGGUACAUGCAGUAUGCUCCUUUAGACGACAGCGAGUGUCGUCUUCGAACUUGACAAAGAGAGACUUCUGGUUGAGACACAAACACCAAUAGGCUUCUGGUUGAGACACAAACACCAAUAGGCUUCUGGUUGAGACACAAACACCAAUAGGCUUCUGGUUGAGACACAAACACCAAUAGGCUUCAUCCUAUUUCCUCUUUUCUCACCCGGCAAGGUUGUCAAUCAAUUGGUUUAUUUUUGUUCUUGGUUUUGAUCAUAUGCUUGUGUGACCUGCUCGCUCGCCCCUGCCUUCAGGGAGGGUGAUGAUGGUGUUUAAAAUGCUUCAUAUGGCAUCCAAUAGUCUUCUAUUCAUUAGUUUGACAAGGUUCACACAGUGACGAAGGUGCUCGGCACUAUCGGGUGUGAAGGCUAUCGGUAUCUGUUGAUAUCGGAUGAUAACAAUAACAAUACAAUACUAUGUAUCUGUCGUCAUAGGAAUGAAAAUUCCAAGUCAUCACGAAAAUUCCAAGUCUUUACUUUCAAAAGGAGAGUGCUAAUUGAGCAGGGUUCAUAGGUCAUGAAAGAUGUUUAAGAAAGGAACAGGAAGACUGUGUUACCCUGUGUGUCAUUUGUUGGUCUCGAGCAUUUCAUAGGCGAGAUUCAAGAUGAUGACGAUCAGUCAGAUAUCUCACCGGUGUCACCGCAGUCACGUGUGUGCACUUUAAUUGUGGCCUUUCUUUCUUUCCUAGCCGUUUGUAAAAUAUCCCCUUAUAUUUAGGCCUAGCCAUCGGGUGAAUUCGUGGAAACCGCCAAGAAGUCCAACAUGCAUCAGCAAUCCUAAAUAUGAUCGACAGAUGCCACCGUCAUGUAUGGCUAUAGUCUGAGCAGCUGCAUCCAGUGAUUGAAUCGUACUUAUCUACUGUACUGUAUAUGAAAUAAUACAUCAUACUGACAUUUAUCUGUGCCCUGGAAUCUCAUGACAUAUCAGCUCUUUUUUAGUUCUGUGCAUCAAACUCAUAACCUGAGUUUACUAUAACAGAGGAUCAGCAAAUCACCAGGUGAAUCUAGUGUUCCUUCAUGCUGCCUUUGUUUUGUCUCUGUUCUAACUUUUUACUAAAUGUGUUUCGCUGUUGUUUUCUUUGAAGCAUUGCUAACUUCCGUGAAGUUGUUUGUCGAAAUAUUUUGUAUCAGGAUCUCUGUUUUGUUUUGUUUUUGGUUGUCGUUUUUUUUUUUUAAAGAAAUGAAACCAAUUCAUCAGUCUGUCUCUAUGCUCGUGUUUCGAUCAGGUCGUCGGUCAAACCGAUACAGCCCGUCCUUGUUUUGUGAUCGCUAUAAUUGUUCAUGCAUUGGCCUAAAAGGGUCGGUGUUAUUUUACUGCAGUUCUGUGCACUGAACGUUCUGUUCGCUGUCUUCUCCUGCCUGUAGGGGUGAAGAGAUUCGGGUGACGCUAAGUGUUACAGCACUUAGGAAAACUCUCCUAUUUAUAAUAGGGUUUAUUUUGUUACGGUCUGAAAGGAGGCAGACAGGCCUAGUGAGUGAGACACAACUUGACCAGUGCUUCCUGACCCUUAAGGACUGCCCUACAGACAUACAGUAUAUUCCCUCUCUCACAAGGACUGUCAGUGGUCAACACUUUGUAAGCCUCCUGUAAGCAUUAGCACCUCGCCUAAUAUAUUUCUCUUGUUUGUUCCCUUUUCCUGUGUUAAGACUCAAGACGUCUUCUUAGUGCCAUGUUAUGUACAAUCAAUCACUUGAGUUCCUAAUCGUCUCAACGGGGCCCUUUGGUGGGCACACAUAGGAGGUCUGGCCCUAAAGGAGACGUGGCAGCGGCGUCUCUUAAGGUCUAGAACUGGUUUAAGCUGACGGGGCCGUAUGGUGUUGUGAUGACAGGCUGCUCUGCCUCCUGUAGUUCAGGUUUGUUCCAGCAGGGAGUACUAGAGCCCAGUCUCUGCAGCCCUCAGGGAGGAGUUCUAUAGCUAAGCUACUGAUCUGAUCGCAUCUUCAGCACUGAAUAUUAUGGGUGAUGAGCGCAAGUAUUUACAUGAAUAAUCUUGUUUAAUGUAACUUUUCACCACAUAAAUGUGUUCAAGGAGUGAUUUAUCAUUUUUGCUAUGAUGGUUAUUUUCUUUGUUUUUUAAAUUCAAUUCCAAUAUUUGUAUUAUAACUCUGGUGGGAAGGGGUUGGGUACAAUAAGAACAUUAUUGGGAGUUAUGUAGAUAGAAUGAAUCCCCUGUGUGUUCCAGUGCCUGUCUAAUGAAGCACUGGUGUAAGGAUCUGAUCGCACCACACUUCCCACCCCAUCACUGCCAGAUGUUCUUACUACCCACUAUUCAGCCAGUGUAACCCUACACCCCCAGGCCAUGCAUGCUAGUCCCUCUUAUUGUUAUGGCGAAGGAGGAAUGAUUCUGUAGUUGUGAUACAACACACCCAGCGCUGUAAGUGUUCUUCACAUGCCCACUGUGUGGCCACGCCAAGUAUUGUAGUCUGCCUGCAGCAUUUCACUGUUUACCGCUUUUGAAAUGCUUUAUUAUUGAUUAUGAUCAAUUUAUUAUGAUUAUUAUUACUUCCUUACUACCAUCAUUGGUUGUGUUGUAGUAUUUUUCUCUGGAUGUAGUAUUUUUUUGCUUCAGUAGAAUUUUGAAAAUUUGCUGAAUAGUUAACAAAGUUAGCAGAGAAUGGUUUAAUGUAAGCCGGGAAACAUUUGCCUAUUUGUUAAUUGUGCAACUAUGAUGGAACUGAUGUUCGAAUAUCUAUGUCUGUAUUAGACAUUUUCUUUGCAAAUCUAUUGUUCAAUUGAAAUUGAAGUGUAAGUCAAGAUGGUACACACAUCCAUCGUUAUUUUAUACAGCUGGCACCAUCGUUAGAUGGACUUACUGCUCAUUUACAACAAUAUGUAAUCAGAUUUCAAUAAAUAUUGUUUUAGAGGGACAAAUAAAUGUUCAGAAAGAGGGAACUCUUCAGACAACCUAAAAAUGUCCACGUACAUGAAUAAUAUGUAUUCCAUUUAUUUCAUUUGAAAUAUCACUUUGUGAAAGGUUUUCUUUUGCUUAUCUAAUGGCAUUGCAAGGCAGGGUUUAGUUUGAUCUGCUGUACAUACAGUAUGUGUUCAGAUGUGACCAGCCAACUGCCUGACUUGUUGAUUCUCUUUGUUUCCUGUUUGCUCUUUCACUGACAGCGUGGCCAAGCAGAAUCCUCUGAUACUAUUUGGAUGAAUCAGUAUUACCUGUGAAAUCAGAGGGAGAUUUCAGUACCUGAAACAUUGCAUGCUAAAAUAAAUGGAAAAAACCCAACGAAUAAUG